AUGAAAGGACAGAAAGGAGAGCAGAACAAACUCCUAACAGGAGGAGACUCACUCAUGGCCUAUGAGACAGAGGAUCAGGAGACUCAAUACUGCUUUCCUGACAUCAACUCAUCAUGUGUCAAGGGACAACGCUCCAGAUAUGAAUACAUUAUCAUGUAUGUGUUUUUUUCAUUGCUAUCAGCAUGGACUGUGUUUCUGAACCUGCUGGUGAUCAUCUCCAUCUCUCACUUCAAGAAGCUUCACACUCCAACCAACAUGAUUAUUCUUUCUCUGGCUGUGGCUGAUCUGUUUGUUGGACUUAUUGUGAUGCCUGUGGAGGCCGUCAGACUGAUUGAGACGUGUUGGUACUUUGGAGACACUUUCUGUGGACUGUUUUUGAUUGUCAUGGCACUGCUUGGCUCAACAUCUCUUAGUAAUUUAGUUUUAAUUGCUGCUGAUCGUUAUGUGGCUGUCUGUCACCCUUUACUGUACCCACAGAAAAUAACCAUCACUAAAACUUUAAUAUCUAUCUGUGUCUGCUGUUUUAUUUCCUUAGCUUACAGCACAGUCAUUGUAUUCCAAAACAAACAUUUAGAGAGUUCAAACAUAACAGAUGUUUGUUAUGGAGAGUGUGGCUUUUAUCCUACUUUUAUUUUCAUUGUAUUUGAUGAGAUAUACUCUUUUCUGUUGCCUUGUAUUUUGAUCAUCACUGCAUAUGUGAGGAUUUUUUAUGUUGCGUUUAAGCAGGUGAAGGUUAUAAACUCUCUGAUGAAGGGUGGUAAAUGUGUAACGGAGGGUUCAGUGAAGAGGAAAUCUGAGAGUAAAGCUGCUCUGACUUUAGGAAUCAUUGUGACAGUUUAUCUGCUUUGCUAUAUUCCAUAUUAUAUAUCAUCUAUAAUAGGGCCUACAGUAAUCUCUCCUGACACAAUGACAUAUCUGUUGUGGGCUUUUUAUGUUAGCUGUGGUCUGAAUCCUCUUAUCUAUGCUUUAUUUUACCACUGGUUUAAAAUAUCAGUAAAACACAUUUUAACUCUUAAAAUACUGGAGCCGGCAUCCUCACUCUUAGACAUUUUUACUGCUUGA